UAACCGUGGUGGCGUGGUCCGUGACAGAUUUAAGAAUCAGUGAUUGUGGUUUGUUUUUGUCUGAAAACAAUAAUUUUUUAAGUAUUGUAAUUUUUAAUGUUGUCUGUUUUUAAAAUAUUUACGCAAUAAGAUUAGGAUCAUGGAUAUAGAUAUGACUGAAGAAAGCUGCAAAGCAGAUAUUAAGAAAUCUAAGGGAUAUGAAGAUGAGAUUCAGAAAACUUGUAAAAAACUGAAAAUCGAUUUGGAAAAGAUGGAUACAACAGAAGAGAACGUCAAGAAAAGUCCAAUGCAAACUCCUGUACAAGAACAACCUCCUGCAUGGAGUCAGAUAGAUGUGUCAGAACUUUUCUGGACUUUGAGUGAUAGGAAAAAAUUAAAUGAAAAACAAUUAAAACCUGAUGAGUUACAUAUGUGGGGUAAGUUGAAUAAAGUUAAAGAAAACUCUGAAACUUUAAAUCGUCUCAUGUACAGUGGCCUUGGCACUGUGAACAACUGUACAAAGAUUUUGCACCAGAUAUUGACUGAACUAGGUUAUAAAUACAAAAUUGAAUCACUGAUCACUUUUAAGCCUCUAAUUAAGACUAUGCCCCAUAAUAAGGCUGUAACUAUUGAAGUUGAAACUGUUCCCAGAAUGUCAUUUUAUGGUCUAGCUCUGUCAGAGAAUGAGGCAAUUGAGAAUGCAGCAAGACGUGGUCUGGAAUAUUUAAUUGCGUUGAGUUAAAAUACUUAUGAUUUAUUGAAUGUAACAUUAAUUAUAAUUUACUUUCUAGACAUUUGUUAACUUUCCAUUUUUAUUUUAACAUGAAAUGUCAUAUACGUACUACGAUUUGUUGUUGAGCCUCAUGUUAGACAUUACUUGUGCUAAUUUGUUAUAGAUAUUUUCAGCCAUAUUUGUUGAGUAAACAUAUGAAGUGCAAUAUAUCAUGUAUAUUGUUUAUAAUGUCCGAAAGGUUGUUGGGCUUUUAGAAUACUGCAACAUCUAUCAGUAUUUGUUAUAAAAAAUUGGUUAAUAUGAAAUAGCCUAAUAAACUAAUAAGUUGCUCGGAUAAAAAAAA